UUGUCUGGCGCCAACAUUCAAGCAUGAAAGCACUUUUCUUUUUCAGUUAGUGAGUAAUGGUGUCAGAGUUCAUGAAGUCAUCCUAAUCAGCACUACCAGAACUAGCCUUUCCCAUUCUGAUUCAUAAUCUGAACCUGACAAUAAUAACACAUGACUAACAUUAUCUGGUCUCAUCUUUUCAAAUGUUUGCUGCAUAUUCGCUUCAAUGACCUUUUUGAGAAUUGCUCAAGGCCAUCAAACAAACACGCAGUUUGAAAAGUCCCACCUGACCCCUGGAACUUGUGAUCAGCAUUUUCAUAGAUUCAUGAAUCAAUGAAAGCAACUACCGGCAGAACAAUCAGUGAGGGUUCUCCUCAAACAGCCGCGCGCUUGUGACACUCGGCGAGGAAGCGUCUGUGCCUGUCGGGAUGUGAGUAGAGGCGAGCGCCGGGAUGGGGCCGCGUGUGUUCUUGGCUGCUCUGUUGUGCCGUGGGGGGGUUUGGCUGCCAGGCGCUGCAGGCUCUUACCAUAAAGCACGUGGUUUACAGACACCAGCCAGGAUCACAAGGGCUGUAAUCUGAUAAGACAACGCUGAGGCUGCAGCCGGCGCAGGCCGCCGCCGCCGGCGUCGCGCACGGAGCGACGUCUGAAUCUCCUGCCGAGCGAAUCGUUUGCAUGUGUGAAUGCCAGAUUUUGGCUUUUCUUUUGUAUAAAUUUGCUUGUGAAGUCGUUAGAAGGUAGAGCGCUGGUGCAGAGGCGACGCACCUCCCGUUGGGCCUUUCUGUGGGAGGAGGGGGGGGGAGGAGCAGCUGUAACCUGACUCCUGCUUUCAGUUUACGGUCCCUCUGGUUCGUAGCCGAACCCACCGGGGCUCAGGGGUCACAUUCUUAGUCCCACGCUGCUUCUCCUCUGAUUGGUCCACCUCCGUCACGCUCACUUCCUGCUUCCUGCUCGUCGACUCGGUCUGCCUGGCUUUUGUUUAGCUUCGGCGCCGUGCGACUUACAGGUAUGGCCCCGGCUAUCGGCUAGCGACAGCAGGCCUCUGUGGAGCUACUGGGCGUUUUCAGGCAUCGCACAGAUCAUCAGUGCUGUGAGGAGCUCUCAUCCUGAUUAACUGCCGCGCUCGCGACAAAGGAUUCAACUUCUACGUCUGUCCUGCGCAGCCGUCCCGCAGCUUCCCCCAACAACAACAACGGCCCAGGCCCGCGUCCAGAGAGAUGGCGUCCAGUCCUCCCGGCUGCUCCCGGGUCGGCCGAGGCUCCUCCUUCCUGACCCCCAGGAGCUGCGACGUGUCCGCCCAGAACCGGGCCAACAGCGACGCGCUGGAGCGCAUCCUGGAGAAGCCCAAGCUGGUGGUGGUGGAGGAGCCCAAGGACAGAGGCAUGAGGUUCCGCUACGAGUGCGAGGGGCGCUCCGCCGGCAGCAUCCUCGGCGCGUCGAGCACCGAAACCAACAAGACCCAGCCCACGAUCGAGAUUCAGGGUCUCAUUGACCACAUAAAGAGGGUCACAGUCACGGUUUCCCUGGUAACCAAAGACCUCCCACACCGGCCUCACCCCCACUGCCUUGUGGGUAAAGAUUGCCCCAAUGGCUCAGGAAUCUGUGUGGUCUCAUUCAGUCCUCACAGCAGCCGACGUCACAGCUUUGCUAACCUUGGUAUCCAGUGUGUGAGGAGGAAGGAGUUGGACCUUUCCCUUCAGAAACGAAGAAGCCAAAACAUUGACCCCUUUCAGACGGGUCACACAAAGGGAAUUGAAGACAUGGACAUGAACGCAGUGCGUCUGUGUUUCCAGUGUGAUCUCGAGUGGGAUGACGGCCGGAAGGACUCCCUCAGCCCGGUGGUGUCCAGCCCCAUCUAUGACAAGAAGGCCACCACUACGUCACAGCUGAAGAUCACCUGUCUGAACCAGUACAAAGGUUCCUGCACAGGGAAGACAGAGAUCUACAUGCUGUGUGACAAAGUGCAGAAAGACGACAUAGAGAUCCUCUUCAGGCACGGGUCGUGGAAGGCCAACGGGGAGUUCGCCCAGACGGACGUGCACCGGCAGAUCGCCAUCGUGUUUAAGACGCCGCCGUACCAGGACCAGGACAUCACCGACGAGGUGGAAGUCAGCCUCUGCCUGCGUCGCAUCUCGGACCAGAUGGAGAGCGACCCCAUCACCUUCACGUACCUGCCACACAACCCAGAUCCGUACGAGGUGAAGCGAAAGACGAGGAUAAAGACGGACGUCGCUUUCAGAGAGAAGUCCUGUGUAGCAGUGGCGUCUGCACCUGGAGCAGAGUCGUCCUUCCAGUUCUCGCAGCCUCCGCCCAUCAUGCCUCCCAUCGACCGGCUCUGUGCUGCUCAGUCUGACGCCCCUGCUCCCAUGGAGGUCUUCAACGAGGCCCUGGACUCCAACAUCAACCCGGACGCCCUCUUCAGCUGUCUGAUGGACAUACCUGGCGUUUUGGAAAUGCUUUCUAGCACGGACAUGAACGCCCCCAUGGCCCCUUUAUACGACAACAACUUCAACCCCAACUUUAACCAGAACUUCAAUGAGAACUUUUCUGGUUACAGCGACCGGGAGUUCAACGUGCUCUUCCACGAGAACCAGACUUCCCAGUCGGAGCCGCAGGAAAACCCGGACAGCGUGGUUCAGGUGAAGACAGAGGAGAUGCUAUGAGGACAGGAGAGUCCAUCCAAGAAAGGAAUACCUCGACCUGAGUUUGAGAUGAAGCUAAAGGCCCCGGGUCAGCUGCUUGUACCCUGUACUGUGACCUUGGAGAAUCUUUGCCUGAAAGCCUCGCUGGUCAGAGUGUUUGGUAAAGAUUAGGAGCAUUCCUAAAUAUGACCAUAGAUGCUGCUAGCAUUAAGUUGAACGCUUACAGUCCAACCUUCCUUAUCUUUGGACCAGUAGGAGCUGUCUGUUGUAGUUGUUGUUGGAAAUAGCUGUUUAACAUUGACAUGAAACUUGUUGUAGACCUAGCAUGGCUUUAGAUGUACAGUACUUUCAGACCUUCAGGUUUAGAAUCUGGCUGCCACACGUGCUACUUGGCUUCUUUAGUGCGUUCCACACCAGUCACGGUAGUAGUAGUCAUUCCACUGCGUCACUUCCCUUUGUCUGCAGUUUCGCUCUCGUGUCAAACUCAAGUUUCCACUCCUCCUUGCUGUGCCACUGAAAUGUAAAUAUAUUAGAGUUAAAGAAAUAAAAUAAAAUGUCAGUGUGG